AUAAGCCCCCCACCCCGAAAACCCAACAUCUGGGUGUUGCUGUGGAGCAGAGCAGAGGAGCCCCAGAUCCAGAGCAUCGAAACCCAGACCCCCAGGCCUUGACUGACCCCCUGGUCCCGGGGGGCCCCACUCCAUCUGCACGCCGUACCCUGCAGACCCGCAGCCUGGCCCUGCUGCCCCCCCACGUUGCUCCUUUCAGAUGCUGAGUCUGCUGGUGCUGGUGCUGCCCCUCCUGGGGAGCCUGGUCCACGCAUCCCCUGCUUCAGGCCAGGUGCUGGAGCGAAUGGGCAUCGUAGGGGGCCAGGAAGCCCCUGGGAAUAGGUGGCCCUGGCAGGUGAGCCUGAGAGUCCACCACGGGUACUGGAAGCACGUCUGUGGGGGCUCCCUCAUCCACCCACAGUGGGUGCUGACCGCAGCGCACUGCACGGGACCGGCCAUCACGUAUCCUUCAGAAAUCAGGGUGCAGCUGAGGGAGCAGCACCUCUACUACCAGGACAGGUUGCUGCCCGUCAACCGGGUCAUCAUGCACCCCGACUACUACAUAAUCGAGAACGGGGCAGAUAUUGCCCUGCUGGAGCUUGAGGACCCCGUCAACAUCUCCCCCCACGUCCAGCCGGUCACCCUGCCCUCUGCAUCGGAGACCUUCCCCACGGGAACGCCAUGCUGGGUGACAGGCUGGGGGGAUGUGAACAGUGGAAGUGAGCAUCAGGGCCAGCAGGAGGGCUGGGCGCCCCUCCCACCGCCGUUCCCCCUGAAGCAGGUGAAGGUGCCCAUUGUGGAAAACAGCAUUUGUGACAUGCAGUACCAUUUUGGCCUCAACACGGGGGACAAGAUACAGAUCAUCCGUGAGGACAUGCUGUGCGCUGGGAACAGGAAGAAGGACUCCUGCCAGGGCGACUCCGGAGGGCCCCUGGUCUGCAAGGUGAGGGGCACCUGGCUGCAGGCAGGCGUGGUCAGCUGGGGCGACGGCUGUGCUCAGCCCAACAGGCCCGGCAUCUACACCCGGGUCACCUACUACCUGGACUGGAUCCGCCAGUAUGUUCCCGAAGAGCCCUGAGCCCAAGCCCUGGAGCUGCCACCUGGAUUGGCGGAGAAGAAAGCCCACUACUGUCCCACAACACUGGCAGGCGGUGUCCUUCUGCCCACCUUCCCCGUGCCCUGUCCGGGGAGCCCCGGUGGGCGCGAAUCGUCAUUAAAGCGCAUGGAAGCAGA